UGCCUGCCGAGCCUGGCUUGGAGGCUCUCUCAAGGAGCUCCCUGCUCCCCUCGCCAGGGAUCGGUGCCGCCAGCUUUCCUCUCCUCCAUGCCUUCUUAGCCAGGAGGGGAGGUGGGUGGGCACCCCCCCCUCCGGCGGCGGCGGCUGCUGCUGCUGCUUGUUCUCCCCACCUGCCCUUCUGUGCCCUCCUCCAUGGACCUUGCAAGCGGCCCCUGACUCAGGAGGACGUCGGGGGCCCCCUGAAGGAUGUAACCCCGGGCCCUGAGCCAGGGGCCAGCUCCUCCGCCUGCCCCGCUCCCCUGGACGCCGUGGCUUCUGGAGAUGGUGCCUGCCUGCUGAGUGGGCUCCCUCUGCCGGCCCUCGGGAUGGAGAAGGCCCUGGGCAACCUCAGCGCAACGGUGCCAGCCUCGCGCCUCACCCCGGCCUUCCCGCCUGCGGUCAAGGUUGGCCUCACGGCCCUGUACACGGCCCUGUACGCCCUGCUUUUCCUCUCCGUCUACGCUCAGCUCUGGCUGGUCCUCUUCUACCGCCACAAGAAGUUUAGCUACCAGACGGUCUUCCUCUUCCUCUGCCUCUUCUGGGCCGCCCUGCGCACCACCCUCUUCUCCUUCUACUUCAAGAACACCCUCAAAGCCAACCACCUGGGCCCUUUCUUCUUCUGGCUCCUCUACUGCUGCCCCGUCUGCCUGCAGUUCUUCACCUUGACCCUCAUGAACCUCUACUUUGCCCAGGUGGUUUUCAAAGCGAAAGCAAAGUACCGCCCUGAACUGACCAGAGGCUUGUUGGCGGUGCGGGGGGCGUGCCUGGGCGCUAGCCUCCUCUUCCUGGCGGUGAACGUGGUCUGCGCUGUCCUGGUGCGAGCGCGCCGAGCCGAGCCGUGGGCGGUGGUCCUGGCCCGCGUCCUCAUCAACGACUCGCUGUUCGUCCUGGGGGCUGUCUCUCUCGCCCUCUGCCUCUGCCUGGUGGCCCGUGGGUCCCCGUCCACCCGUGUCUACUUGGAAGCCAAGGGCACCACACUCUGCCAGACAGCGGCCAUGGGGAGCGCCAUUGUCUUGCUGUAUGCCAGCCGAGCUUGCUACAACCUGGCAGCGCUGGCACUUUCCUCCCGCGCCCGGCUGGACUCCUUCGAUUACGACUGGUACAACGUCUCUGACCAGGCGGACCUCAUCACAGACCUGGGAGACCAGGGCUACAUCGUCUUCGGCCUCAUCCUCUUUGUGUGGGAGCUGCUGCCCACCACCUUGCUGGUCGGCUUCUUCCGGGUGCACCGCCCGGCUCAGGAUAUGAGUGCCAGCCGGGUCUUCAACCGCCAGCUCGGAGUCUCCCGUUCCUAUUUCUUCGACCACCUCGGGCAGCGCGAAAGUGAAGGAUUGACUGGCAGCUUGACGGGCCGUCUGAGCAGCGGGAGCUGGUACGUCCAUCAACCAUGGCGGCCUUGGCGAGCAGGACUGGUUUGGGGGGCCCCCUCCCACAGCCCCCCUCCUCUUCUCCCAGGCAGCGGUCUCCGGAAGCCACCACCACAGCCUCUACUCCACCCCACAGAACUGAGACCGGGAGGGCUUCUCGGCGGGCCAGGAAUCUUAAUGAUGCCGGACGUGCGUGUUUUAUCGAGGUUGGGGGCCAGGAGUGCGCGCAGUGUUAUGUCCCCACCCCACCCAGUUUUUCAAACGCUGUAGUCAGAAACCCCAGCUUGUUCCUUAGCCGUGGGGCUGUAUGCCAGCAUCUUGAUGCUUCAACCUCCCCCCCCCCAGGUGUACCUGCCUCCCCCCACCCCACCCAUUACCAAUAGUAUACUCUGGCACUUUAAUUGACCAGGGGGAGGCGUUUUUAUCUGUGAUGUCAUUGUUUCAAUGAGUUUUGGCAAAACAGCCGUGGGGUGAGGUGGGGGGGGCAGCUUUCUCCCCCCCCCCGUGAGCUGGUAGCUGCAGUGAUUGGGGUCUCCUCACGCCCUCCGCUACACUUGCUGCGGAUCAGGUGCUGUCCCUCACCCACCCACAAUAAAGACAAUGUUGUGUUAGUGA